AUCACUUGUAUGGUACUGUGCAUUAGGAACAUAAGCAGUGCAAGUUGGAUUCCUGCACAGACCAGCAGAAUAAAAAGGGAAAUGUUAAGACUAAAUAAAAGUAGAGUAGAAAUGCUGGUUAUUAAUGGUACCUUAAUGCUGUCAAUCAUCCCUAGUUGUUGGUGUAUUCUGUGAGAUUUGUCCAUUUACAAUAUAAAUAAAAGAAUCCUGGCCGUUGGGGGGAAAAAAGAAAAAAAGAAAUGCUGGUUAUUAGAGUGGAUCAGUUUCAUAUUCAGCCCAGCUUUCUGGGCAGCGUGAGGCUGAGCAAAGUCAUUAUGGGUGUGGGGGAAUGUAUCAUGUGUAAGGGGUGAAGCCUGGCUCAUGUGAAGGUGCGCUCUGGCUCAUCCCCAGGCUUUGGGCAGGGCCACCUCUGGAUGAAUGUAUCAAAGUGUCACAUCUGGCGCUUCUGCUUUAAGCUUGACUCAGGGACUGGGAGGGGGGCAGCCCCCCCCCUGAACCGCCUCCUUUGUGUCUUUCAGGGCGGGCAUCUGUCUGCCAAAGGGGGGGGAUAUGAGGCUCCGGAUAUGAUGAAAAAUUGGGAUUGAAACUGAGAGAGAAGAGUGAGUAAGAGGGGAAGGAAACAAACUUCUUUUCAUGCAAGUGUCUACUCGGGAUUCAUUGUUAAUUACAAUUAUAUUUCUUGCUGAGAGGCCUGGCAGAUGUCCCAAGAGAGAGAACCAUUUUCUCCAAGGCCUGAAGGGCCUGAGCAAGUAACUUCAACAGAAGAGAGUCUUUUGGUCCCCCUCCCACAUGAAAAAUGUGAAAAAGAAAAUAUGGAUUUAGAAGACACAACUCUUUAUAGGAAUAAAUCCAUUCAAACUGAUAUAGAAGACCGAUCUAUAUUGGAAGAUAACAGCAAUAGCCAACCCAUCAAAGGUUUGAAAUUCAUGAUUGCCAGUAAUGUCCCUUUAAAACAACCCUUCAUAUUUGAGUCUGGAAUAAUAAGACAUGAAUUUUCAGCAGCAGCCCAACCUCAGCGCUUGCCUCAGCCAAAUACUUCAGCACUGGAACAGAGCGAGGAAGAAACUGGCAAGAUACAAAAUGGUCAUGUAGGUCUGAGUAAUAUAAAUGGAAUCCACAAUGGGGUCAAACAUGUUCCUGCAGAUCACAGAAACAUAUCUGCUCCUGUUUCGCAAAAAAUGCACAGGAAGAUUCAGUCCAGCUUGUCUGUAAGCAGUGAUGGGAGCAAAAAAAGCAAAGAGAGUUCAGCAUAUUCUCAGAAACCAAGCGCUUCACCAGAAGAUGGCUGCGUUCACUGUAUCCUAGCCUGCUUAUUCUGUGAGUUCCUCACACUGUGUAACAUUGUAGUGGGACAGGCAUCUUGUGGCAUCUGUACCUCUGAAGCCUGCUGCUGUUGCUGUACUGAGGAGAUGGGCGAUGACUGUAACUGUCCUUGUGACAUGGAUUGUGGAAUUAUGGAUGCUUGCUGUGAAUCUUCAGACUGUUUGGAAAUCUGUAUGGAAUGCUGCGGAAUAUGUUUUCCAUCCUGAAAAACUAUACUUUAACUGGAGUCCAUUUUUAUGUCAUAAUCCGAUAUGUUGACAACAUCCUACAUGCACUGCUACCUGUAUGAUUUCUCGUUAUUUUUACUGGAACCAUACAACAGUGAAUUCCUAUGCUGAGGGCUAUAUCUGAAAAAGUUUAUAGUGUUAUACAUAGCUGCAUAUCAGAUAUCUGUAGUAACAUUAUAAAACUACGGUAUGUAUGUUAAUAGUAGCCUUUCAGUGUGGUUGUAUUAUCAAGGUUGCUACAUUUUAAGCAGUAUUAUCAAAUCAAACACACCCAACUGGUGGUGUGCUGGUGCUGGUUAAGAUAUUUAAUUAAAUCAAGCGUUUUAAUCAAAGCAUUCCCCUCUUUUUCAAAAGAUUUGUAAACCUGCAAUGUCAAGGUUAGUAGCAGACAGUUACUAGGCAAAAUGUCCAGGAUGCACCCAAUGUAUUUUCUGUGGUCUACAUGCCUAACUCAGGUCUCUGAUGAAGUGCAGUGACACGAAACGCGUCAGACCUCAUGGCGCUAUGUGAAAGGUGUACCAAGAUGUUUACUGAAUAAAGAAAAAAAAUUUUUUAAAGCGGAAAUAAGCGAUUUGUUUUGAAAAGGAUCCCAGAGUGCGCGGUCUGAACGACUUACCUACAUGCCUAACUCAUUCUGGUAGAGCGAGCAGCUGUUCUAAAUAUACACCAGGCUUCUAGAAUCAAGUCAAGUUAUAGAAAUUGUUUUCUCUUCAAUUGAAUAGGUCCGAAUGUAAAAGUGUAGUCCCUGCUCUAAAAAAAGAUAUUGCAUAUCUCAUGACCAUUCUUGUACUGUCCCAUCUCUAAUCCUUUAUGAUUUUAAUUUAUUUCACUUUAUUUAAUAUAACAUUUAUCAAUAUGGUAUUGUUAGGAUUAAACUCAAAACUUAAACUGUCGGUUAUAUAGAAGCCAUUUUUGGGAUAGCCUUAAAGAUAUUCAAACCUCAAAACUAUCCUUUGCUUAAUGGUGACUAAUAUAGGGGAAGCUACGAAUUUGAUUUGAUCUGAUUUGGCAUCUGCUAAGGAUUAUAUUGACUAUUGGAUGUAGUCCUCGGCCAAUGGGGUCUACAACUAUUGACCACAUGGCCAAACAAUUGUAUCAGCCUAGCAGGCUGCCCAAUUCAGACAAAAGUUUGCUCCUUCUUAAAUCAGUGGGGGAGGAGUUAAAGAUGAUUACUGGAUAAAAAAAAUCUCUCUCUAAGACUAGGUUAAAAAAGUAGCAAUAGUUUCAAAACAUCCAUAAUCACAGACAUCUGGAAUGCUUGGACAAUAUCAUACUUUCAUGGUUUGGUGUUACUGUUCCUUUAAAAUGAAACCCAGUAUGGUUGUUUUUUUUGCUAUAAACGUAUUUAUACCAGGUUAGUAAACAUCAAUUUAUAGACAUUGAGAGUUAUUUAAUAAAGGUUGCAAAGUUUUACAUCUGAUCUAGUUAACCAAACAACCAACCAGCAGACUUCAAUUACUGCAAGCAUCUGAUUUUUCUGGUUGCUUUGGGAAAUUUUAGAUGCUGGUUAGUUUACAGACACAGUAGCACCUUAUAUGCAGGCAUUGGGUAUUUUGAAAAUAUCAAUCGAAUUCUUUCCAUAAUGCUGAGAAGCAAAUAAAGCAGGGGUUAAGAUCUGUGGGAUUGACUGCUGGUUUCUAUUGUAUUCUAGAUUGUGCCUUUCCAGGUUAUUGAUGCAAGUGUGUACAUGUAUGGGUUUUAUGUAUGUUUAUUUUUUUGUUUGUAUAUAUUUAUAUACAAGUAUUUAAUAACUGGAAUCUGGGAAUUGGAUCUUCAUAUCUUAAGUAUACUGCAAUCAUUUGCCACCUAUAAUGAUUCAUACAGAUUAGUUGCCAUCAAGUUCAAACUGCUGUUUUCUUAUCGCAGAGAAAAUUUAAAUCGUUUUUAAAAAUUAGAAUUAUUUGCUUAAAAUGGUCUAUGGCCUUCCUGUAUUUCAGAGACUUUGGGUAACUUGUUUCAGGAUAAGGGAUCCUAUAUAUCAUUCGUUAUGUCGUGUUGUAGAAGAUACUAUCCUUGUACAAAGAGGAUCUCAAUUCAAGAAGAAAUGAGCAUGUUGAGCCAUGUUACACUGGCUGUGGCUUUACCUACACAAAGAGUGCUGCAGCCUUAUAGCAUGGUAACAUAUGCUUUAAACACAGUGUCAAAGAUUAAGCUCUGUUUUAAGUCACUACACACAAAUAAAUAACCUUUAUUGUAAAGUGCCUUAAAGGAAAACUAUACCUCCAGACUGAACACUUAAUAUGAGAUAAACUACCCAUUGGUAAGUUGUCUUUUAAAGAAUCUUACCAAACUGAAAUAUACAGUAGCUAUCUGUAAAUAUUGGCCUUUUACCUUGAACCAACUUUUUAUGAUAUUUUCUGUGCUCCCUCAUAGAUUACCUAAUAAUACAGUUCUAAAUGCAACAGGAAGGGGAGUAAAAAACAGAACUUUGCCCAGUAAUUGGUUGGUUUGUGUGCACUGUGAAUCAUAUGCUCCCAGGGGACAGCCCUUUGUGCUUAAAGGCAAUUUUCUAUUUAGGAUUACUCAGUGGCACAUACUACUAAAAAAGUAUAUUUUUAUGAAAAAGCAGGGUUUUACAUAAAAACUAUUUUAUGCAUUUUUAUAGAGACCUGCACUGUACAGGGUAUAGUUUUCCUUUAAUAACCAAAUGAGUGUACUUUGAGACAUAUUUAUCAAAAAGGUGAAAAUUUGGCAAACAGAAACUCAAGAGCUCUCUGUUCAAUUGUAGAGGAUUUUGUAGGAGCACAUUUAUGAAAGGGUGAACUGUAUUCUCAUAUACACAAUAAUAUUGAACUGAUUCGAGAAUAGAGAAGUUUAGAUAACCAUAAAAACCCUUUUGCUGAAGUAUAAAUAUAUGUAACUAAAAUACACAAAAGUUUACCAAAUAAGUUAAUACAUGCAUUCAAUAAUUAAAUGAAAUGUCUGUUCUAUGAUAUAAAUGUACUUUUUUAGUUAGGUACACAGAAAAUGGACCACGUAACUAUGUAACUACUUGUUAUUGACCACAUAUAACAUUUUUUUUUUUACAGAAAAUAAUUAUACUUGUCCCAAAAUUAUAUAUGUAAAGCUAUGGUAAAGUUACUGUAUAUUCCUUAGAAAUAGAGCAGUUGGUAUUAUUUUUUCUCGAUCUAACAACUAGAAUUUUACUAUGUUACUGUUCUGCUCUACAAUGAUUAGCAAUUGUAUCAUUUGUCUCUGUAGCAGAGAAUACAGAUGUAUAGAAAAUGAAAUGUUUACAGUAUCUUUGCCUUCUUUCUUUUCAUGGUAGUUUUCAUGUUAAAUGUCUUCAGAAUUUUUUGCUCUCAGUCAUAGAUGUGCGUUCAACUACAAUUUAAAAUGUGAACAUGUAUGCUAUAAAAGGGUUCAGAUUUAAUGAAUUCAAAUCAGUGCUUACUGUUACUCUCUCUUUAUUAUUUAACUGUAGAACACAAUAACUUUUUGCUUGGAUCCUAAAUUUGAUGGUGUUUUCUAAUCUUAUGUAACUGGAUAUAUUCUAGACACUAUUUUAAAAUAAAGAAAUUUAUUUUAA